GUGGAAAGGUACAUGUAGAUCGAUGACAAGCGCCCCACUUCGAAGCCCAGAUCCUCGGUCAGGCGCAGAAGCGCGUUGCUGGCGGAGAGAAGACCAUCGCAUCAUCACUUUCUGCUGCCCGCCGCUCACUCUUCAGCGACUGGCUUAAGGCGCCGAAUAUGACGCCCCUCCAUACUUCCGAUAGCUGUGACUGAAAGUCUGCAAGUUAUCUAGUCUGACUACCAUCCCAUACAUCGACCCUCCACAAUCUCGUACGUUGGAAGUAUUUCAAUCCUUGCAGAUAUGGACAGAAUCCAGCAGGAGAUUGCCAAGACCGAUCCUUCAGUACCUUUCCGCGCCACCACCAAACAUGUUCACUACACCUGGGCGAAGACCUUCUCAAGCCGACCGGAGCUGUACAUCAGGCCCGAAUCGCUGGAGGAGGUCCAGAAGAUUGUCAAUCUUGCGCGAAAGUGCAGAAGACGUAUUGUUGUGGUUGGAUGCGGCCACUCACCGAGCACUCUGACUUGUACAUCAUCAUGGAUGGUCAACCUGGACAAAUGCAAUCGCGUCUUGAAGGUGGACCGGCAAAAGAAGACGAUGCUGGUUGAAGGUGGCAUCCGGCUUAGACACUUGAACGAUGAGGCGAACAAGAUAGGCUUUACGAUUCCGAACCUUGGAAGCAUCGACGAGCAGAGCAUUGUGGGCGCAAUAGCGACUGCGACACACGGCAGUGCGCUGAAGCAUGGCCUGUUGUCAGAGUCGGUGCGAAGCUUGCGGAUUGUCUUGUCGAACGGUCAUGCUGUGCGGUGUUCAGCUGAGCAGAAUGAGGACCUCUUUCGCGCGGCACUCAUCUCCCUAGGCGCGUUGGGCAUCAUUACAGAAGUUGAAUACGAGAUGGCAGACGCUUGCAACAUCGAGUGGGCGCAGACACUCGAACCGCUCUCUCACAUCCUUGGCACGUGGAACACCACGUUAUGGUCGGCUAAGGAGUUCACGCGGGUAUGGUGGAUGCCUUACACGAAGCGUGCCGUUGUCUGGUCAGCCGAACGGACAAGCAGCCCGCCUCGCGCAGCGCAGAGCAACUUUUACGGCGAGAGUGUGGGCUUCCACACAUAUCAUAAUUUGUUAUAUCUUUCGAACUGGAUACCACAAUUACUGCCAUGGAUCGAAUGGUUCAUUUUCGGCAUGCAGUACGGUUUUAGCACCGGCAAGUCCACGACUGCUGUGGAGCCGCUCAGGACAGGAUUGCUCAUGAACUGCCUGUUCUCUCAAUUCGUGAAUGAGUGGGCGCUUCCGCUGUCGAAAGGUCCGGAGGCUAUCACGCGAUUGUCAGCCUGGAUCAACCGAGAGGGCGAUCAAGGCAGGAUUCCGUUCAGCAACAAGGGGCUGUACGUGCAUUGUCCGAUUGAGGUCCGAGUCUCGGAUACGACGUUCAACCACACGCCACGACCAUAUCUUGACAACACGUGCGCGGAUGGCCCGACGCUAUACCUGAAUGCUACGCUCUAUCGAGCAUAUCUGCAAGACCCACCAUGUAAGGACCGCUACUACGAAGCUUUUGAAUGGCUCAUGCGAGAAAUGGGCGCAAAGCCACAUUAUGCCAAGAACUGGCAGUUCACCUCUUCCUCGUAUAUUCAACAAGCCUUCGGGGAGAACCUGCAGAAAUGGCUUCAGAUUCGCGACGAAGCGGACCCGGAAGGCAUGUUCCUUGGAGAAUGGCACCGAAGUGCUCUUGGUGCUGGCGAAGGCACGAAGUUUGCGCUUGCAGAGCAAGAAGUCAAGCGCGAGCCUACUAAACCAGGCAGCUGUAUGCUGUGGCGUGGCGCGAUAUCAAGCCCAGACACAACAGAUGCAGCAUUCAGCGCGACAGGUGAGAUCGAGGAAAAGGCUGCGGUCACUGCGACGACACACGCGCCACAUAGUCCGACCGCGUCUAGCAGUGGCGAAAGCUUCGACAUGAUGCAUGGCGCAGAGGCUGAGAAGAGUGUGCUUUUCAAUGGUGAUGAUGAGGAGGAUGACGAGGGAGAGCUGACGGAUAGGGGCGACGCACGGCACCACGGUAAUCCGAAGCAUGGGUUCACAGGCACCCGCGUGUUUGACAAAAUGUAAUUGCUACGUCCGCGUUCAAACGUCCAACUCUCGAUCAGCAAUCGUUGUCCGUAAGAGGUUUUUGAAACCUGCAACUACGCGGAGCUUACUGUGGAAUGCGCUAGCGAUGUCAACAGCAAAUA